AUGAAUUCAUAUAAUUUCAAUCUUACCAUAGUUUUGAUUCUUGAUGACCUGAGAGAAGGUUUUCCUUGUGCUUUCAUGAUAAGUAAUAGGGUCGAUGAAGGUGUAUUAAAAAUUUUAUUUUCUCAGAUCAGAGCUCUUACCGGACAAAUUGAGCCAAAAGUAUUUAUGUUUGAUAUGGCCAAAUGUUUUUUUAAUGCAUGGUUGGUUGAAAUGAAACAACCAAAAUUUAGACUAUAUUGUACAUGGCACGUAGAUAGAGCAUGGAGGAAAAAUUUGACUAAAGUUAAAUCUAAGGAAAAACAAGCCGAAGUUUACAAAAUUGUAAGAACAUUAUUGCAUGAACAAGACGCUAAAGCAUUUGAAAACAUUUUUGAAAGUGCUAUUAAUCAAAUGUCAGCUGAUGAACAAACAUGUGAAUUUGCUAACUAUUUCGGAAAAAAGGUAAAGCGCCUUGACAAGUCUUUAUAUGCUUUGAUGAAGUUUAUUCGAGAUCGUUCUAUAGAUAGAUUAAUUGUGAUCCAUAAAGGAAAAAUCACAUUGAAAAUAAAAGAACUGCGUAAAAGGCACAAACACAGUCUAGAAAUGUCACAUGAAAUGGUUAUGAAAACAACAGAAGAUAGUUGGGACAUCAUGUCCGAAAAAUAUGGUGAAAUGUAUACAGUGAACAGACUUAAAAUGUCCUGUGAUUGUCAAAUACAAUGCCAAGACUGUCUUUCUUGCAUUCAUUGUCAUACAUACUCUUGUAUAGAUAGUGCAAUUAAGUGGAAUAUGUGCAAACAUAUUCAUCUAGUUUGCCAAUUUCAAUAUAGUAUAAGAAAUCAAGAAAAUAUUAAAAUGUUAACAAACUGUUUAGUUGUGAACAACAACUUAAACAACAUGCCUAACACAGACGGUGAGCAUAACAACGAAACUUCCAAUAUUUUAAGUCAAUUAAAUAACUCAGCCAUUACAAGCCAGCUAUCACUAGAAUUGGAAAAAAGGAAACUACAAGAGUCAUUCAAUAAAGUGUUGAAUGAAAUAUCUACCAUUGAAGAACUAAAUGUCUUAAAAAAAUCUUUUUUACCCAUAAUACCGACAUUAACAGCAAUAAGAAAUAAUUCAAAUACACCAACCUUAAAAAGAAAAACUUCUCAGACAUCACCAACAAAUAAAAAAAUCAUACCACAACGCCGUUUAUACUCGACCAAGAAACCAAGGAAAGUAUUGGGAAAGGUGAUCGGCGCCUUUUGCGAUUUAUGUGACGGUGAAAAUAAUAAUGAAUAUUCUUGUGUUGGCGGCACUACAGGGUCUUUAAUAAGACAUUUACAAAAUGUUCAUGGUAUUGCACCACCAGAUGAGUCAGUAAGAAAGAGGUAA